AUGGCCGCUCUCGACAACGAGAGGCUGGGCCUUGUGUUUGCGACCCGCCCCGACAUCAUCGAGGGAAUCAAGCAAGCCGCAGACACCCCAGAACGGAUCGCCCUCUUCAACUCUAUCGCGAGCUUCAUCUCCGAGCAGACCAAAGACACCCCGGGCGAGCCCAGCUCAAAACGGAGACGAGUCGAGGACAACGAUGGCACGGUCGUCGAGAAUGGAAACAUAAGUCAACACGGCAUGUUGCCAUCACCCACACAAACGGCCGCCACCGGAACACAACAGACACCUGUCGUCGGCGCCGGUGCCGACUCCUUGCUGAUUGAUAUGGCGAACGCAGCGGCCAAGGAGGUCAUCUUGCUCGAGGUCAAGGAGGUCAGCGUGUCCAUCCCCCAGAGGAAGAAGUACGACCUGUGCUUCACCAAGAACUACCUGUACACGAAGCAAGUUGGCACAACUACACCGGUUCAAGGCAUGGUGUACGAUUGGAGCCAAAUAGAAUUCGUCCUGUACACACCCAUCCCCGAGAAGCAGCAGCUGCACUUCAACUACACCCUCUUCCCGCGCAACACAGCCCUUUCCUCCACGAAAUCCUUCCCUCCCGCAGACUUCGAGCCGCUCGUCUUCAGCGUGCCGGCCACCUCUCCAAAACCUGGCAUCGUCGGCGGCUACGCCGCACAGACCGCCGCCCAGGUGUCGGACAGCUACAGCUCCCUCAUGCACUGGGCCAUCAGCAGCCAGCUGCAGUCCGUCAACAACACAACAGCCACGAUCGUGUCGACCGACCCUCGCGUGUUUUCCAGUGCGGUGCGGCAACCUCACCGCCCGAAGGAGAAGGCCGUGCACGUUAGGGCACACAGGGGCAGCAAGGAUGGCUUUCUGUUCUUCUUACCAAACGGCAUACUAUGGGGGUUCAAGAAGCCACUGCUGUUCAUCCCGCUUGACAGAAUCAACUCGGUGUCGUACGUGAACGUACUGCAGAGGACGUUCAACAUGGUGGUAGAAGUCGACGUGUCACACGCGCCCCAGCAGGAGCAACCCAAGAGCGCACAGCCAGGCGCACAGUGGGAAGACGACGAGAGGCCACUGACGGAAGAGAUCGAGUUCGCCAUGAUCGACCAGGAGGACUACGGCACCAUCGACGAGACCUACGUGCGGCGGCACGGCCUGAACAACACCUCCAUGGCCGAGGGCAGGAAGGCGAAGCGGCAGCUGCGGGAGAACGCCAAGGGCGACGCUGCCCGGGCCGACGACGCCAACCCGGGCGCGAACGCGAACGGGGAGCAGCUCGGGGAGAACCUCACGCAGCUUGCCCUCGCCGAGCAGCUUCUCGGCGAGGACGGGGAAGAUUCAGAAGACGAAGAAGAUUACGACCCGGGAUCGGAGGGCGAGUCAGAGGGCUCGGGUACCUCGAGUGAAGAGGACGACGACGACGACGAUGAGGAAGAAGAUGAGGAAGCAGAUGGCUACGAUGAAGAGGGCGGCGAAGAGGAAGGAUACGUGGAGGACCACGAAUGA